AUGUUCGCACGCCUUGCGGACGAACCCGAAGGGCUGAGCGUCGUUGGCGUUCCCUGCAAUCAGUUUGGGCACCAGUCCAACGAGAAGGACUUCGAGACGCUUGCCCUGUUGAAGCACGUGCGGCCGGGUGGAGGGUUCGAGCCCAAGUUUCCCCUCACCACUCGCGUGGAAGCGGGCAGGAGCCGCGGGCGCGGACGCGAAAGCCUGGCGGAGGGCGCCAGGGCCUGCGCGGGCCGCCGCGGCUCCCGGCCAGGGGGGGCGGCGGGCCACGGCGGCGCGGGCAGCGGCAGCAAGGCGGGCUGGGACGGCGCCUGCCGCGUGCGCGGCCUCGCGCUGCCGCCCUGGGCGAGGCCGCGUGCCGCGGCGGCUGCGGCGCAGGAGGUCAAGGCCCUGCAACACGAGAUCGACGGCAUCAAGAAGGAGAACGUGGCGCUGCGGCGCCCGCCGCCGAGGAGCGGCGCUGGCGCGGAGGAGGCGCGCGGCAGCAACAGGACGGCGGAGCAGCAGGGCCUCGUCGCGAAGCUGGAGGCCGCGGGCCGCGCGGACGAGGCCGCGGCGUCGCCUCUGGUGUCGCUCCUGGAGUCCUGCCACAGCGAGAUGGACGAGCUGGACAAGCGCCGCGAGGCGAAGCAGGAGCAGGUGCCCGUGCGGAAGGAGGCCCUCGCCUUCGCCGCGAAGGAGCUCGAGUCAGCGCUGGCCGAGCGAGCCGCCCUCGGCGCGGAGCAGCGCGAGGUGGGCGCCAUCGACGGGCACUGGGCGACCGAGGUCUGGAGCACGGCCGACGGCUCGGACGGGUGGCAGGACUUCGAGAGGCAGUCGGACUCGGAGGCGCUGCCCAGGCCGACUGCAGACGAGUGGCUGGGCGCCGCCAGGUCCUUCGAGGCGAACGGCAUGGGCGUCGACCGCGUGUCGCCCCGAGCCUUCGCCCAGGUCUCCACGGCCACGGCCGAGCUCUUCGUUGACGUAGGCAUGGCGGCCGAGGAGUGGGGCGGGCGCCCCCUGGCGGCGCGGGCGUCGCUCAUCGCGAUGCUGCCCGAGCCCGUGGGCGGCUGGAGGGCCAUCGGCCUGCUGUCCAGCAUCCCGCAGAUCUGGAGCAAGCCCAGGCAAGCCGAGGCGCGGCGCUGGGAGGCCACCCGCCGCGGCAGCGGCACCAGCGCCUUCUGGGGCGGACCUGGGCGCUCGGCCCAGGAGUCCGCGCGGCGCCAGGCGCUGGCCGCCGAGGCGGCGGGGGCGCAGCGGUUUCGCGGAGCCGCGCUUCUGAUCGACCUCGAGAAGGCGCGCGAGACGGUGCGAUUGGCCUGCGCCGAGUGCCUGGCCCGCCGAGCUGGCGUGCGCGGCAGACUUGCCCGCUGCGUGAUGUCGACCUACCGCGGGCGCCGUCGUUUACGAGUGGGCACCGUCGUAGCCGAGGCGCGCGCGUUGGACGCGGGCUCGCCGGCUGGUUGCCCGCGCGCGGGGGUCGCCCUGAAGGCGGCAAUGCUCCCGGUGGCGAGGGCGCGCGCUGAGGGGGUCGGCGCCUGCAGCAGCGGCGAGCUGAAGUCCUGCGCGUGCGUCUGCUACGACGACGCGACCGUGGCUCGCCACUGGCGCGCCUCGCGGGCGAUCGCGAAGCACUUGGUGGAGGUGGGCUCGCGGAUCUCGGGGGCCAAGACGGAGGCGGUGGCCGCUGACGCGCUGGCGCGGGACGAGGUCCAGGCGGUGCCGAAGUCCAGCGUGCUGGGUGCCAGGCCGACGAAGGUCGCGAAGAACCCGGGCGCGGGCUUCUGCCUGGGCGGCCCCGCCCCGGCGGGGGUGGCGAGAAAGCGGCGCGCCGUGGCAGGCGCGCGGCGCCGGCCCAUCAGCGCCACCAUGCGCCUGCUGGUCUGGGCUGCGAGCGAGCUCCAGCAGUGGCGCUCGGCGGUCGGGUCGCUCGCCUUCGGCAGCGCGCGGGGCCGACCCCUGAAGGCCGAGCUGGCGAUGCAAGCUUGGGGGCGCGGGCUCGCGCGAGGCCACCCCGAUGCCGCUGGCGACGUGCUCUGGGCGUGGAGGCGCGCCGCGCGGGUUCGCCUCGAGCGGGGGCCCAGCGGCGCGGCGGGGUGCGGCCCCGCAGCGGCAGCGCCGCUCGCGCUCGAGAGGCUCGGCUGGAGCUCAACGGCAACGCGCCGCUGGGCUGCGGGCGACGGGGCGCCGCUGAAGCUCGAGGCGAACGUCGAGCGGCGGGCGCGGUCGUCCAGCGCCCGCAGCGCAGCCCUCGGCGGGCUCUGGCCUGUCGCUCGCCGAGCCGCCCGCGGCCCGCCGCUGCGCCGCUCGGACGCCUGCCCCGCGGGGUGCGGCGACCGCGGCGCGGCGCGUCACCUCGCCAGGCGGCGCCGCGCCCUCGCGGCGGAGAGGCGCGACGCCAUCGCGGGUGGCGACGCGUUGCAAGCAUUCGCCGACGUGGCCGCGACCGAGGAGGCGCGCUGGAGCAGCAGCGACGGUGACGCGGCCCUGGCAGGCGCCAGCGCCCUGUACACCGACGGCUCGACGAUGCGCGGCAAGGCGGGGUCGGCCGAGGUGCGCGCUGGCUGGGGGCUCGCGGCCGCGCAGGCCCGCGGCGCGGCGCGCGGCGCCUGGGGGCGAGUCCCCGCCCGCGUGCCGCAGGGCGCCAACGCGGGCGAGCUCCUGGCCGCGGCCCGUGCCCCGCGCUGGGGCAUGCCUGGCGCGGACGGAACCCUCGAGAUAGGCCUGGAGGUGUGGCGCGAGUUCUGGCUGGCCGUGGAGUGUUUCGGCGGUCGGCAGUGCGCGCGGGUCGCCGAGGUGAAGGGGCGCGCCGCGCUCCGAUUGGUCCGCGACGGCGUCGCCGUGCUGGGCGACCGCGAGGGCAAGCGCGCCGCGGACAGAUUCGCCAAGAAGGGCGCGGAGCUCCACCCAGCGUGCGAGGCGGCGGCGAGGCGGAUCGAGCUGGCCGACGCGAUCGCGACGGCGGCGACUAGCUGGCUCCGCGAGGCGCUACAGCUGGGGAGCGACGCCCUCGCGGCGGUCGACGGCGCGGGCGCGGGCGCCGCGGGGCCCGCGCGUUGCGGGCGCGGGCGCGGGCGACGAGUCAGGCGCCGCGCGCUGCCGCGACAGCGGGCCAGGCUGCAGGCGUUGGCCAUGCGCUGCGCGCGGCACGGCGGUCUCGGAUUCGCGCGGGACGCGCUGGCUCUGCGACGCAUGCGCGGACUUGGAGCAUCCAUUACCGUCGUGCCCUUUCUGAUCACUGGACUCGCGCUAGACGCGAAGGGCUACCGCAGGCACAGGGAGGAGCUGCUGCUGCGGCACGGCGACGGCCACGAGGACGUCGAGCGCACCGUCCGCUUCUUCCAGCUCGACGGGGCCGUGCUGCGCUACCGCGGCUACUGUGCCAAGACGGGGCCCGCACUGCUCCGGGAGUUCCCCUCGCUGCUGGAGCCUUGGAGUGGCGGGGUGCUGGGCGUGCGCUUCCGGCAGGGCCCCCCCGCGCGCCGGCGGCACGCGUUCUUGCGCCAGCGCAGGCCCUGCGCGCGCCGCGCCCUCGUCUCGGCGGGCGCGCCGAGCCCGCCGGGCGGCGGCGGCGGCGGGCCGCUCCGGGUCUCGGAGUUCCGCGCCCUGGUCUCGGCGGGCGAGGCGGCGCGCCUGGACGGGGUGCGCUGGAGGGCGCUGAGGCCUGGGCUCGCGUUCCUGCCCCGCGGCCCUGGCGGCGCGGAGCUGUGCGACGGGACCGUCCGCCACUCCAGGCCGGCCGCAGGCGGGUACGUCAGCGCCGCGCGCCUGUUCGCUGCCCUGCGCCGGCGCCAGCUCCGACUGGCCGCGCCGACCGCGGCGGCUCCUGGCCGCGAGGCGCUCCCGGAUGCCGCCGUGGGCGGCCCGCGCGAGGGGCCUUCCGCGAGGUCGGCGCCGUCUGGCUGGCUGGUGCCGCCCAGCAAGCGGAGCAGGGACGCGCUGACCAUCGACGUGCUGCCUGCCUGCGCGGACCAGGCGGUGGCGCUGCAGUGUAGGCCGGACUUCGCGGUACCCCUCGGGGUAUUGUCUAAAUAUCCGUGCUUGUUGUGCACGAUCGUGUCUUCAGAAGUAGGGAGCGGGAAGGAGAAUCAGAAGGAGGAAGAUCAGAAAGUGUUGGAGGAGGUGCAGAAGAUCUUCAGGGCGGAGGGGCGCGGAGGGCCGCCCGCCCCCCUCGCCCCGCCCCCGGCCAAGCAGUCCGCCCCGAAGAGGUUCCUGGACCCAGUCGGGGGCUCCACCCUGGCCAGACAGGUGGCCGAGCCGCGCCGCACUGCGGGCACGAGGGGCGCCCGCGGAGGGCAGACGCCGGCCCAGCGUUCGGCUGCGACUGCCAACGCGCGCGGGACGUCCUCGGCGCAGCAGCGCCAGACUUCUUUCUUGGACCUCGCUCAAGGGGGGCGCAUCCCACACAGCGGCAUCCGCAGCCGCGGGAGCACGGCGCUGACUGAGCUCAGGGCGCUCCAUCGCGCCCGUGCAAGUUGGCCCGAGAUGGCCCCGGUCCUGGCCUGCGGAUCGGCCUGGCUUGGCGGCGCCGGCUUCGUGCCGGUGCUGAGGGGCGCGCCCGCGGGCGCCGCGUCGCCCGCGGUCGGCGCCGCGGGCGCGGCCCACGCGCAGGCCGCUGGCGCGUCCGCCUCUGCGGCCGCGGCGGGGGCUGCCUGCCUCUUGGGCGCAGGGGCAUCCCUGCUGGCCUCGCAGCAGCGCCGCCGAGGCGCCGCGCGGAGCCCCACCGCGCGCCGCUUCUUCGGCGGGGGCCGCGCGCCCGAGGCGAAGGACGUCACCAAGAAGGUCUACUUCGACAUCACUAUUGGCGGCCAGCCUGCAGGAAAGAUCGUGUUCGGCCUCUACGGCGAUGUCGCGCCAAAGACUGUGGAGAAUUUCGCCACGCUGUGUUCCAACCCGCCUGGCGAGGGCUACAAGAAUUGCCCCUUCCACCGCAUCAUCCCGGGAUUCAUGUGCCAGGGCGGUGACUUCACCAACUUCAACGGCACAGGAGGAAGGAGCAUCUACGGCAACAAGUUCGAGGAUGAGAAUUUCGACCUGAACCACACUAAGCCCGGUCUCUUGAGCAUGGCAAACGCUGGCCCGAACACUAAUGGUUCCCAAUUCUUCAUCACCACAGCCGCAACGGACUGGCUCAACGGCAAACACGUGGUCUUCGGCGAGGUCGUCGAGGGCAUGGAUGUGCUGCAGAAGAUGGAGAGCAUGGGCAGCCAGAGCGGCCGCACGAUGCAGGACGUUGCCAUCGCGGACGCUGGCGUGAUGUGA